UCUUCAAGGUCCUUUAGGGCUCAUAUAGUAUAGUGUUUAAAAAAUGAGCUGGGUAUAAAUGCAAGUGGUUUGUUUACAAUUGAAAUCACAACUCCUAAACCUCUUCAUUCGCAAAGAAGUAUAUUCUUCGGAACAAAAAACCAAAACUCUCAAAAUGUUCAAACUGGUGAGUUCAGCAUUUGCUGUCUGCUUCUUGGCUAUCUUCGCUGUUGCCUUCGGUGCUGCUAAGCCCAGUCUAUUAGCUGCCCCAGCUGCUCUUGCGUACACCGCUCCAGUUGCUGCCGCCGCCUAUGCUGCGCCAGUGGCCUACACCGCCGGUUAUGCGCCCUACAUUGCUCCCUAUGCCAGCAGCUAUUCGGCUCAUUCGAUUGCCCACUCUGCCGCCUACCCAGCUGCUUAUGCUGCCUAUGCUGCUGCUCCAGUUGUUGCCGCUCCUGCACCCGGUUUUGCUGUUUUAAAGAAAUAGACAAUACUUGUUUACGUUGAUGAACCAAAUGGAAAUAAAAUAAAACAAGA